AUAGGCCUAAUUUCAUAUAUAACAUAACAUUCUCUUAAAAGAUACCCUUUAUUUGCUUCUACUUACACAUACACUAAUAAGAGGCUAUGGCAGCAAUGAAACUCCAUGGAAACCCUAUGUCACCAAACUCCAUGCGAGUGGCUGCUGUCUUGUAUGAGAAAGAGCUUGACUUUGAGUUUGUUACUAUUGACAUGAAGAAUGGUGAACAUAAAAAGGAGCAUUUUCUUUCUCUAAAUCCAUUUGGUCAAGUUCCAGCAUUUGAAGAUGGAGACUUGAAGCUCUUUGAAUCAAGGGAAAUAACAAAAUACAUUGCACAUGAAUAUGCUGAUAAGGGGACUCAGCUAAUAGUAACCAAUGAUUCAAAGAAGAUGGCUAUAAUCACUCUAUGGCUUGAAGUUGAAGCUCAACAAUAUGAUCAAGUAGCUCCGAAGCUUAUAUGGGAGCUUCAUGUUAAGCCACUCUUUGGCAUCCCAACAGACCCAAAAGUUGUUGAAGAGAAUGAAUCAAAGCUUAGUAGUGUUCUUGGAAUAUAUGAGAAGAGGCUCUCUGAGACAAAGUAUUUGGGUGGUGAAUGUUUCACUUUGGCUGAUCUUCAUCACCUUCCAACCCUUCAUUUCUUGAUGUUAACACAGGUGAAGAAGCUGAUUGAGCCUCUGCCACGUGUCAGUGCUUGGGUGGCUGAUAUUACAGCUAGACCAGCUUGGUCUAAGGUCACUGACAUGCUCAAUUAAUUAGUUAAUUAAUUUGAGUUGUUAGUGUUGUUUGAUUUGGGUAUGUUUUCUCUGAGAAUAAAGUUUGUGUGUGUGACCAAAAUAAUUUAGUGCUAGAAAGUCCUAUAUAUGUUGCUCGGAUUCUCAAUUUCUGUUGAGAAGAUUGGACAUUAUGGGGUUUUGUGAUUCAUGUACCAAGUUUUGGAUUAACUUUUGUUGAUCCUCUGCUUUAAAAUC